ACGCUUUCGACAGCGAUCCUGUGGUGGGAGGGAAAAUAAAAUUGUGCUACAUAAUAUUAUACUGCGAUGCGGUCAUUCAUUGAUCAUUCAGCAAUCAGCAUUCUUCAGUCUGUUGACUGUUCAGACAUUUCCAAUUCAAUACCAUUAUUUUUAAAUCAAUAUGGCAACCAAUAUAUACCAUUAUCACUAUGAGGUGAGCGGCCGUGGUGGCCGUGGCGGCGGUGGCGGCCAGAAGGGUAAAAGGAGCAAGUGCAACAUAUGUUUAAACAGGGGCCAUGAUGCUGCUGACUGCGCUUUAAACCAGUCAGAAGCAUCAACCCCCCCCCCCCCCGCGGCCAAAGAAGCAGUGGCCGCAGCAGCAGCAACAGCUGCAAAGGCGGCAGCGGCAGCAGUAGCAAAAGCCAAAUGGCUUGAGGCCGAGGCUGCUGCUGAAGCUGCAGCUGCUGAGGCUGCUGCUGGCACAAAGGAUGGCCAGGAAGAUGAUGCUACAGAAACAAAUAACGAGGAAGUAUUCAACGACCCAUACCAAUGUCUAUGUAUUGUAUAAAAUUCGUUAUUACAUUGUUUUGUUUUAUAUUUUUAUUUCAGCCAAUAAACGUUUUAACUUAACAGACAA